AUGGCACCCAAAACCCUAACCAAGUCCCUCCCUUUCUUUUUCUUCUUCCUCCUCCUCGGCUCCUCGGCCACAUCCUACGGGCCAAAGGCCCGGGCACGGACCCGAAUCCGCCACCCGUGCAAGAACAUGACUUUCUACUUCCACGACAUUAUCUACAACGGCCAAAAUUCCAAAAAUGCCACCGCGGCCAUCGUGGGGGCCCCCGCGUGGGGCAACACGACAAUCCUCGCAGGCCAGAAUCACUUCGGAAACGUGGUGGUUUUCGACGACCCCAUCACUCUCGACAACAAUCUUCACUCGCACCCGGUGGGCCGGGCCCAAGGGUUCUACUUGUACGACAAGAAAGACGUGUUCACUGCAUGGCUCGGGUUCUCGUUCGUCUUCAACUCCACGCGCCACAGGGGCUCCAUAAACUUCGCGGGGGCAGACCCGUUGAUGAACAAGACGAGGGACAUCUCGGUGAUUGGAGGGACGGGCGACUUCUUCAUGGCACGUGGCAUCGCGACCCUGUCGACGGACGCGUUCGAGGGCGAGGUUUAUUUCCGGCUCCGUGCGGAUAUUAGACUUUACGAGUGUUGGUAA